AACCCGCACAGCACAACCACCCGACCGACACCCACCCACCGACUCACCCCCCGUCCCGCUCUCCCUCGACCUCCGAGUCGUCCUCCUCCCUCGCCUCGCCUCGCCUCGAUGAGCUCCACCACGGCAACCCCGGCUCCUGCAGCGAGCACCUCGACCGCACCACCCGUCGACGAUGCCCCUCUCCCGAUCCCCAACCUCCAACUCCCGCAACUCGCCUUCAACCUCUCGACCCCGCGACCCGACUCCGACGACCAACACGCCCGCACCGCCCUCCUCGACGGCAUCGAGCACGACCGCAAGUCUCCCUUUCUCCUGCACAUGGCCCCGUACCUCGAGCACCUCGCCCACGCCGGACUCGUCACCGACCAGCACGACCUCCUGUCCCGCUUGAAGCAGCUCAACACGGACGAGCUCAAGCGCAUCAACGACAAGCUCGACGACGCCACCUCGAACCUCGGCGAGACCGAAAUCUCGGACGCCCUCAGGGAAAAGGCCACCUACCUCGCCCGCAUCGGCGAAAAGGACGCGGCGGUCAAGGCGCACGACGAGGCGUUCGCCAAGACGGCCGGCAAAGGGUCCAAGAUCGACCUCGUCCUGAGCAUCGUCCGCAUCGCCCUGUUCCACUCGGACCACGACCUCGUCAUCAGCUCGCUCGACCGCGCCCAGAAGCUCGUCGACGAGGGCGGCGACUGGGACCGCCGCAACCGCCUCAAGGUCUACACGGGCGUCCACUUGCUCUCGAUCCGCAACUUUAACAAGGCGGCCGACCUCCUCCUCGACGCCCUCCCGACCUUCACCGCGACCGAGUUGAUCCCGUACGACGACUUUGUCACGCUGUGCGUCCUCGCCGGCGUCUUCAGCCUCGAGCGCAAGGAGCUCCGCAAAAAGGUCAUCGACGCGCCCGAGGUCAUUGCCGUCCUGCCCGUCGUCCCGUCGCUCAAGGACUUUGCCGAGUCGUUGUGGAAGUGCGACUACGCCGCCUUCUUCCGCGCCCUCGCCACGGUCGAGGAGCACCACCUCCUUCCCUCGCGCCUGCUCGCCGUCCACGCGCGCUACUACGCGCGCGAGCUGCGCAUCAAGGCGUACGCCCAGCUUCUCGAGAGCUACCGGAGCGUCACGCUCGAGAGCUUGGCGCAGGCGUUCGGCGUCAGCAAGGAGUGGCUCGACGCCGACCUCGCGCGCUUCAUCGCCGCCGGCCGCCUGCCGUGCACGAUUGAUCGCGUCGCGUCCAUCGUCGAGACGCACCGCCCCGACGCCAAGAACGCGCGGUACGCCGCCGUCAUCAAGCAGGGUGACGCGGUCCUCACGAGCGUGCAGAGGCUCAGUCGCGUCAUUGGCUGAGGGAGGAGCGGGUUGGCGUGUAGAGGAGGAGGACGAGGGCAAAGGAUUGUGCAGUGCCGUGCUUCGUCUC